UCAACAUCAUGUCUGACCUUGAUCUCUCACUCCCAGACACCGUGCCCGAGAUGGCACGAUACGCCAACAGACGCAUGACCCUCUCNCCCUUCGCCAUCUACAACCUCCUCUCCCCUAAACACGAACCCACAGACCUAGUCACAACUGCCAACUCGCUCUGCCCCCGCGACGACUACGUCCAUUUUCUUAGCACCCCCACCAUCACCUCUCUCAAAGCCCUCAUUGCAUUCCAUCUCACCACAACCGUCAACGACAACUUUGACCCUAACUAUUUCCUCGUUGUCACGGAUGCAGACUGGAAAUCCAGAGGUGUUUUGAUAGCGACCAUGGCAGAUGAAGAUGGAAAACCUGAUUCUUUCGUUCUGAAAGCAGAGGACUCGGGGAUUUUGCUGGUGAAUUUGCAGAUAGGGAAUACGGAUUGGUAUGAAGCGAAGGAAAAUUAUGAACUCGAAGACGACGACAACGAGGAAGACCAUCAAUCAGAAGGCACAUUCCCCGACGGCGCAUCUCGCAAAAAGCCAGCAACAGGAUUUUACAUAGCCUUCUACGCCAUUCCUGGUAUUGACGCCGAUCAACUUAUCAGAGCUGUUGAGCCUUGGUACUCCCAAAAGCANCCCGAAGAUCGUGUUUGUAGAUUUGAAGGUUAUCUGAAACCUGAUAGAGAUCUGGUUUCUCAGGCUACGGAUUCCUGGCAUCCGCAGGCUUGUAUGAGUAAUUCUUGGUUGUGUAAGAUGUACUUGUUUGUGGUGGACAGCGUGGAGUAUAGGGAAAAGGGGGUUUUGAUGUGUGAUGUUAAGAACAAUAGAACGAAACGGAUGGAGUGUAGUCAAGGAGUUACAGUGCCGGAGUUUUGUGGGAUUGCGCAGGGGAGGAGGGGGUGGGAUGAUGAGGGA